AGCGGUCCUGGACGACUAGUUGAAGAUUUUGCAAGCAGAGCGGAGUGAAUUUAAUGCUGUUGCACUAAUAUUUAUUUUAGUAAUAACCAUUCGUUCUACUGUAGGGACCUGUGUUAGCAAAAAAACAUUUACCCCUGAUGUAAAACACUCAUCGAGGAGAGAGAGGCAUUUUGUCGCUAGGACGAACAUGUUUUGUGACAAAACUAAUUGUUGAUUUUAAUAUAGCCUGACACUGCAAGCAUUCCAGAACGCAACUGUAUUGCUUAGUUUUAAUAUAUUAAUGUUCGCCGUUUGUCCUGGAUUAUCUCGUAAAGUCUUCAUAUUCGAAAGAUUCAACUACUCAGCGUAAUUUAAUAGUCACUAAAAAGUGCAUAUCCUAAGGACCAUCCAAAUAGCCGUCGUUUGUUGUACAAAAGUUGUUACCAGAUUUUAAAUUUCAUCGCUGUUGCACAAGGGUGAAGCCUGUGCUUAGUUACAUAAUUGUGACUAAUUUUAUAUGUAAAUUGCAUCGUAGACGUACUUAGUGUGUGUUGCUCGUAAAGUUAUCAACAAACUAUUCAUUAAAAAUGCCAUUGUUUGGAAAGAAAGAUUCCGGCAAGAAAGUACGAAAAGAUGCUAAGGAAAUCGAGAAGCAACCAUGCAUCGAAGACAAGUAUGUAAUAAAAGAGUUACUUGGAACAGGAGCGUUUUCGGAAGUACGUCUUUGCGAACAUCGCGAAACGGGUCAGGCAUUUGCUGUUAAAAUUAUUGAUAAGAAAGCCUUGAAAGGCAAAGAGGAUUCCUUGGAAAAUGAAAUCCGUGUGCUGAAGCGAUUUAGCGCCAAAAGACAAGAAAAUGAUCCUGAUAAAACAUGGUUUACUCAUCCAAACAUAGUGCAACUGUUUGAAACGUAUGAAGAUAAAUCAAAAGUCUACUUAAUUAUGGAACUGGUUACCGGUGGAGAGCUUUUCGACCGCAUUGUUGAAAAGGGAUCUUAUACAGAGAAAGAUGCAUCUUACUUGAUACGUCAAGUGCUAGAAGCUGUAGACUACAUGCAUGAACAAGGCGUAGUACAUAGAGAUCUAAAACCAGAAAAUCUGUUAUACUACAAUCCUGCUGAAGAUAGUAAAAUCAUGAUAAGUGAUUUUGGACUAUCCAAGAUGGAGGAUUCUGGUUUUAUGGCUACGGCUUGCGGGACUCCUGGAUAUGUAGCACCUGAAGUGUUAGCGCAAAAGCCAUACGGCAAGGCAGUGGAUGUUUGGAGUAUAGGAGUAAUAUCGUACAUUUUACUAUGUGGAUAUCCACCGUUUUAUGACGAAAAUGAUGCCAAUUUAUUUGCACAAAUUUUAAAAGGCGAAUUUGAGUUCGACUCCCCCUAUUGGGAUGAGAUAAGCGAGUCAGCAAAAGAUUUUAUCAGGAAUCUGAUGUGUGUGAAUGUAGAGAAAAGGUUUACGUGUAAACAGGCGCUUGCGCAUCCAUGGAUUUCCGGUAACGCGGCUAGCAGUAAGAAUAUCCAUGGAACCGUUUCCGAACAGCUUAAGAAAAACUUCGCCAAGUCGCGAUGGAAGCAGGCCUAUCACGCAGCAACUGUUAUACGUCAAAUGCAACGAAUGGCUCUCAGUAGUAGCGGUGGUGCAUACGGACGCAGUUCUUCUCAACUGAAUGCUUCAGCUGCUGACCCAACGGCAGCACAGGAUACUGCAUCAGGCAGCAAGUAAAAUAUUGGAAUCGCUUCAAGUUGUUGCAACAGUUACAUCGCAGAAAUACAGCUAUAUCAUGACAUAAAGGUGUUCAUACACACUAUUUGUGGCUAAGUAACUCUUAAGAAAUCGAUGUUGUGCUUAAAGAUCUGUUUAUUUGUAACUUCUGCAAACCUUGCUCUCUCUUUUUUAUAUCUGUUACAUUCUAGCGUACAUAAAUGUAUGUUUUACUCAAUAAAACCAUUUAUUUUUGUUAUGUUCAAAGCGAUACUUUUUAAUGUUGAAAAUAGAUUCGGGAUUUUAUCUAAAAA